AUGUCGAAGGUCCUUGAUAUCGUAAUAGAUGAAGAGGAACAAUAAUACAAGGCUAAAUAUGUUCCAAAAAAAUAUGAUAAGUCUAAGAAGUUCAAAAAGAAAGCUGCAGUAGCGAAAAAAGCCAUGCUUCAAAAAACACUUGGAGGAGAAGUUUAAGAUGAGAAUGGUGAAGUUAUAAAAGAGCCAAAACUUCUAUAAUACAAGAUAAGACAAAGCACUUUUGACAUACUUCAGUAAUAUCAAUGCGGAUUUUCAAGUUAAAUAAAUGGUGGAGCUUCCUUGAAUAAUGAUGGAAUAGAAGACUAAGUGACUGAAAUGAAUACAGAAUAGAUAAUUAAUCAAACUCAAUAAACUUAAGAGAUUACUGAUACUCAAACUCAAAAACAGGAAGAUUCUGAGAUGAAUGAUGAGUCAUAAAAUAAUGAUGAAAACACUGGAGAUGAUUCAGCUGAAGAAGAGGAAGCAAAAGCCUGA